CAUCCUAAAAAUAUUCUAAUAAAUGAUGGCCAAGUCUUAAUUUCGGAGUUUAGUAUGAUUAAACAGUUCGAUGAUAUCUUCACAUUGUCAAGCUCAAAUACACAAGAGAUGGUAGCAUAUAUUGAUCCACAAUACCUUUUAAAUGAAAAAGGAUUUAAACCUAAUAGAAAAUUGGGAGCUCACGAGUGGUGUUUCUCCGUUUUACAAUUUGUCUUUA